CUCCUCAGGGCUCAUUGUCUCGGUGACCUCACCUGACUUACGCAGAGAUGUCACACAUCUGUCUGUGCUGACAUGAGCUCCACAGCACAGCAGGAACCCAUGUCCCCAGCAGCACCUCGGCCUCAGGACCCCGUCCAUGGCACCGAGGUCCCUCCAUCUUUAGAGCUGGGCCAGAGAGAGGAGACGGCCAUGACCCCCGCCCUCACGGUUCUGCUCUGUCUAGGGCUGAGUGUGGGCUCCAGGACCCAAGUGCAGGCAGGGACCCUCCCCAAACCCACCAUCUGGGCUGAGCCAGGCUCUGUGGUCCCCUGGGAGGCACCUGUGACCAUCUGGUGUCAGGGGAGCCUGAAGGCCCAAGAGUACCUCCUGUAUAAAGAAAGAUACUCAGGGACCUGGAACAGACAGCCUGAACUGGAGUUCAAGGACAAGGCCAAGUUCUCCAUCACACACAUGACAGAUGUACAUGCAGGACAAUAUCACUGUUACUAUAGAAUCACCACUGCCUGGUCUAAUCCCAGUGACCCCCUGGAGCUGGUGGUGACAGGGAUGCACAGCAAACCCAGCCUCUCAGUCCUGCCCAGCUCUAUCGUGCCCUCAGGAGGGAAUGUGACCCUCCAGUGUGUAUCAUGGACAGGAUUCCACAGGUUCGUCCUGAUGAAAGAAGGACAACGCCAGCUGUUCUGGACCCGGAACUCCCAGCAAGCACCUAGUAUGAGGUUCUGGGCCCUGUUCCCUGUGGGGCCUGUGAUCCCCAGCCUCAUGUGGACAUUCAGAUGCUAUGGUUAUUACAGCAACACCCCCCAGGAGUGGUCACUCCCCAGUGACCCCUUGGAGCUGUUGAUCUCAGGUGUGUUGGGGAAGCCCUCCCUCCGGAUCCAGCAGAGCCCUGUUGUGACCUCUGGACAGAAUCUGACCCUCCAGUGUCUCUCUGAUGUCAGCUAUGACAGAUUCGUUCUGUCCAAGGAGGGGGCACGUGACCUUCUUCAUCGUCAUGGCUGGCAGUCCCAGGCUGGGCUCUCUGGGGCAGACUUCCCCCUGGGCCCAGUGGGACCCUUCCACAGGGGCCGGUACACAUGCUACGGUGGACACAACCUCUCCUCCCAGUGGUCAGCCUCCAGUGGCCCCCUGGACAUCCUGGUCGCAGGACAGUUCCCCUACACGCCCUCCCUCCAGGUGCAGCCAGGACCCACUGUGGCCCCAGGAGAGAAUGUGACCCUGCUGUGUCAGUCACUGAGCUCUGUGGAUAUUUUCCUUCUGUCCAAGGAGGGGGCAGCCAAUCCCCCACUGCGUCUUAGAUCAAAAUACUCUUCUGGGCUGUACCAGGCGGAAUUUUCCAUGAGUCCUGUGACCUCAGCCCACAGGGGCACCUACAGGUGCUAUGGCUCAUUCAACACCUCCCCCUACCUGUUAUCACACCCAAGUGUCCCCGUGAAGAUCCUGGUCUCAGGAUCCUCUGGACACCAUGGUCCCCCACCCACAAUAUCCAGCCCAACAGCUGGUGAGUUACAGGGGCGUCCGUCCAGGGGCUUUGGUUCCAGUCUCUCAGAGAUGAAAGGGGGCCGAUGGGCACCAGGGGUCUCGGCUGGUGGAGGAGGCUGGGUGUUCAUGGGAUUGACCCCUCUGUGCCUCAGUUUACAGUCUGUGGAGCAGGUGGGAGGGACAGCAAUCCCCUGCUGCAUGAUCAUUGUCAGAGUCACAGGUGCAAGCACAGAGCCCAGCAGGUGCCUGGCACACAGUAGGUGCUCAGUAAAAUGGAAUCACUGGCUCAUUCAUGGUAUAGCUCCUGCCCAAGGUCCUAGCUGGUACCUGUACGUCCUCAUCGGGUCCUCGGUGGCCUUCAUCCUGAUGCUCUGCCUCCUCAUCCUCUUCCUGGUCCGACAGCAACGUCGGGGCAAAUGCAGGAAGUCAAGGGAUGCAGACCCAGAGCCCAAGGACAGAGGCCUGCAGGACAGCUCCAGCCCAGCUGCUACCACCCAGGAGGAAACCCUCUAUGCUGCUGUGCAAGACACAUGGCCUGAGGAAGGGGUCGAGCUGGACCAUCGGGCUGCUGCAUCUGACGCCCCCCCAGAUGUGACCUACGCUCAGCUGAACCACUUGACCCUCAGACAGAAGACAAGUGCAUCCUCUCCCUCCCAGUCAGGGGAGCCCCCAGCAGAGCCCAGCGUGUAUGCUGCUCUGGCCAUUCACUAGCCCAGGAAGGACCCAGACCCCACGGACCCAAGGAAGGCACAGGACCUGCCCAUAGUGGGUGCUACCAGCCAGCCUGGACUCCUCACACAGACCACUAGUAACUCCUGGGACCCUUUGCAAGUCACCCAAUUCUGCCCUCAAAGAUAGCUAAUAUCCCUACACUAUGGAAAUUAAAGCAGUGGACUUCUCAAUAAUCCAGGAAUUUAAUGAGAAAACCAAAAUGGAAAUGAGACAAUGUUUACACGGAGGGAUAAUGUAAAUGUUACACAUCAAACCUAUGAAAUGGGAAAAUUAAGAACCAAAUCAAUGACCCAAGCUAUCAUACCAAGAAUUUAGGGGAAAAAAUAGCAAAUUAUUCCAAAUGAAGGUAAGAGGAGGGAAAUUAUAGUGAUACAAGAAGCUACUAAUGAGGACAAACAAAAAUAGAGAAGAAUCAAUAAAUCUAAAACCUUCAUUUUUGCAAAUAUUAAUCACAUGUAUAAAUCCUAGCUACAACACCCAAGGAACAUAGAGAAAGAAGGCUUACAUCACCAUUAUCAGUAUGGCAUCUCAGCCUACAGACUUUAAAUCAAUAACAGAAUGUAUUAUGUUCAUUUGUUAUUGGUUGUUAUAUUAUGAACAAUUUUAUGACAAAAUAUUAGAAAAUGUAGAUGAAACAGAAAUAUACGUUACCAAAAAAUAAAUAAUUAAAAAUUAAAAAUAAAAAAAAAUUUUAAUAAAAUAAAUAAAUAAAAAGAAAUAUACGUUACCAAAAUGAUGGUCACAGGAAUAAAUGAAAAAUCACAAUUGCUGUAUGUAUAAAAACAUGGUGAAUAUGUAAUUAAAGUUUUUCUGACAAAGUGAA